GGAAUCCGAAAGUUAAUUGUCAGCGUCUCGUAAACCCCCGUUUUCUUUGAGAAGUACACUGCUCUCUGGAAAACCUGGAGACGGAGAGACCUUGACUCGGCUCCUCUUUGGUUUCCAUGGCAUCCGCUCUUCAUUGACUUCAUUGUAAUGAGCCCGCCCAAUUCCCCUGGAACACUGAUGGUGGAGGAAAGCUUCCGAUUGCUCUCUCCGUGGUGCUGAAAACAUUUCGGAGCACGCUCUGGUCCUUGUGCGCUAUCCAUGGUGCUGAAAUCUCUCUGGGAGGCGCGGCAGUGAAGGAAGGUGGCGAAGAAUUGUCAACUACGUCUGAAGGUGUGACCCCUGCAACUCUGCUUUAGACCACUCUUUCCAGCACUGGAGCAACUGGUUGAUGUGUUGCACACCAGUGCCAGAGUUUGUAACACAAUCAUCAGGGAUUCACCCAAAUUGGCAUGAAGUAGGCACUGGGAAGGUUUGUAUUCAUCAUCCUCUUUUGAAGUCUACAUCGUCUGACGACUCACUACCUCUACCUAUCCCAAAUGCAGUAAACUAAUCAGCACCAAUCCAGGAUUUUACUUACAAAUUGGACUUUGAAUCCAGGCGGUUCUCUUUUUUCAAACUCGCCAUGGCUCCUCCUGCACCUUUUGCUAGUGGAUCCUUCACCUCCAGGAAGACCUUCUAGUUGUGUCUCACAACUUCUGUUCUAUUCAGAAAUCUGUGGGCUGUAUGUAGACACUCAAUCGUCUCCUCUUUCUGGCGCUGGCUCUCCUCCUUUCCUCCUUGCCCACAGUUACACACAUACACGCAUACAGAGAAUCUCUCUCUCUCUCUCUCUCUCUCUCUCUCACACACACACACACACACACACACACCUCUUUAUCUGGAUGCACACCAAUAGCCAUUUUAUGGAGAAAAGUUAGACAUGGAACCAAUAUGAGCCAUCAUCACUGUUUAUAAGGGUGCCCUAGCCAACCAAGUGAACGCCAGUUAAAACCUUUGCAGGAAUGGAGUCCGUAAAACAAAGGAUCCUGACCCCUGGCAAGGAGGGGCUGAAAAAUUUAGCUGGGAAAUCGCUGGGUCAACUCUACAGAGUCCUCGAGAAGAAGCAGAAGACCGGCGACACCAUCGAGCUGACAGAAGAUGGGAAACCCUUGGAGCAGCCCGAGAAGAAGGCGCCCCUGUGCGACUGCACCUGCUUCGGGCUCCCGCGGAGAUAUAUCAUCGCCAUCAUGAGCGGACUGGGCUUCUGCAUCUCUUUUGGGAUCCGCUGUAACCUGGGAGUAGCCAUCGUGGACAUGGUCAAUAACAGCACUAUACACCGAGGAGGGAAAGUCAUCAAAGAGAAAGCGAAGUUUAACUGGGAUCCGGAGACGGUUGGCAUGAUCCACGGUUCUUUUUUCUGGGGCUAUAUAAUCACGCAGAUCCCCGGGGGAUAUAUUUCAUCCAGGCUGGCAGCUAACAGGGUUUUUGGUGCAGCUAUUCUAUUGACGUCCACUCUCAAUAUGCUAAUACCAUCUGCAGCUCGAGUGCACUAUGGAUGUGUUAUCUUUGUCAGAAUCUUGCAAGGUCUUGUAGAGGGCGUCACUUAUCCAGCUUGCCAUGGGAUAUGGAGCAAAUGGGCACCUCCUUUAGAGAGAAGUAGACUAGCAACUACUUCUUUCUGUGGUUCUUAUGCAGGUGCAGUAAUUGCAAUGCCAUUGGCUGGGAUUUUAGUGCAAUAUACUGGAUGGUCUUCUGUGUUCUAUGUGUAUGGUAGUUUUGGCAUGGUCUGGUACAUGUUUUGGCUUUUGGUCUCAUACGAGAGCCCUGCAACACAUCCCACAAUUACAGAUGAAGAGCGCAGAUACAUAGAAGAGAGUAUUGGAGAGAGUGCCAAUCUUUUAGGAGCAAUGGAAAAAUUCAAGACUCCAUGGAGAAAAUUUUUUACUUCUAUGCCUGUCUAUGCAAUCAUUGUUGCAAACUUCUGUAGAAGCUGGACUUUUUACCUACUGCUCAUUAGUCAGCCUGCUUACUUUGAAGAGGUGUUUGGAUUUGAAAUAAGCAAGGUGGGGAUGUUAUCCGCUGUGCCACAUUUAGUGAUGACUAUUAUUGUGCCUAUUGGGGGACAAAUUGCAGACUUUCUGAGAAGCAGACAAAUUCUUUCAACCACUACUGUCAGGAAGAUAAUGAACUGUGGAGGUUUUGGAAUGGAAGCAACUCUUCUCUUGGUAGUUGGUUAUUCGCAUAGUAAAGGUGUGGCCAUUUCCUUCUUAGUGCUUGCUGUGGGCUUCAGUGGAUUUGCUAUAUCUGGAUUCAAUGUUAACCACUUAGAUAUCGCACCAAGAUAUGCCAGUAUCUUAAUGGGGAUUUCAAAUGGAGUUGGGACAUUGUCUGGAAUGGUGUGUCCUAUAAUUGUUGGAGCAAUGACAAAGAACAAAACACGCGAGGAGUGGCAGUAUGUCUUCCUUAUUGCUGCUUUGGUGCAUUACGGGGGAGUCAUUUUCUAUGGCAUAUUUGCUUCAGGAGAGAAACAACCAUGGGCAGACCCAGAACAGACAAGUGAAGAAAAAUGUGGCUUCAUUCAUGAAGAUGAACUUGAUGAAGAAACGGGGGACAUUACUCAGAAUUAUGUAAAUUACGGUACCACUAAAUCUUACGGUGCUACGACCCAAUUGGCCCAGGUCAAUGGCGGCUGGCCAAAUGGUUGGGAGAAGAAAGAAGAAUUUGUACAAGAAGAAGCACAAGACUCAUAUAGCUAUAAGGAAAGAGAAGAUUAUUCAUAACAGACCUAUGUUGGAUAUAUUUUGUAGUGUUCGUGAUUUAUUCAUUGUGAUUGUUUGCACACACACAAAAUGUGGUAUAAUGUAAACACAUAUCAGGCAAGAAGGUCUUACUGUAAAAAUGAAAAAAACAAAAACCCAUUUAAGUGCAAUCUGUAUGAGUUUGUGACAUCUCAUCAGUUCCAUUUGGGUGUCUCCAUUCACUAGAGUUUUAAGGGUUAUCUGGUCAAAACUACAAAGGAAACUAGGUACUUGCAGUAAAAUGAGUGUUAAGCUCAUAGCUAAGGAUUAAAGCACAACUACCAACCAAGUCGGUACAUCAACUCUUCUGUUUAGAAAGCCAAAACUACUUGAUUUUUUAAAAAAUGCACUUACAUAUUUGUUACACUGUCUUGAAAGAGAUCAUAAAAUUGAUUGUGUGAAUUUAACCACAUGUUUACUUGGUACGAUGUAGGAAAUGUAUGGUUGGUCUAAGACAUGGAUUUCUUAGAGAAUAAGGCUUCUGUUUUAGAUUAUACAAUAAAGCUCCAAUCCAGUUCCCUUUCGAGAGAAGUGAAUUGGGACUUUGUAGAACAAUCUACUAUAUAAUGUAUAUUUAUUGUGAUUAAUAUGCUGCAGGCUACUCUGUGAUAAAGGAAUUGUUUUUACUGAAUGUUUAGGCACAAAUGUUUUAUUUCUCUUCUUUACAGACUCAUGCAGUCUUUGUAUGUGUCAUGUUCUUCCUUACAUGUACCAGCCAGUAUAAAGUCACAUGUAGUCUACUGUGCAGAAUGUUAAAUAACUGAAGCAAGGCAAAGGAGUAUUUGGCGUACUCAUUGUCUGCAGGCUCAUUAGAAAGAGAGAGCAUAACCCAAACAGAUCCAAAGAAAAAAUGUACCACAGACAAGUAGCCCUAGAACAAGUCGGAUGUAUUUCUUUUGAAGCCUGUUUUGAAAUAAAUGCAAGAAAGGGAGAAGAAAUUAGCUAUUUGUUUAAUCCUGGAUAGUUUUUCAUAUUUUCAGAUGCUGUGCCACAAUUAUAUAAAUAAAGUCAUAGUUUAUUGAAGAUGCUGUAUAAUUAUAGAAAAUAGUACUAUUUUAAAGAUUUCUGAAUUUUAAGAAAAAAUGUAUUUGCCUUUCAAAUAAAUAGAACUAUAAUGGACCCUGAAUAUGAGCAACAAUCUUCGUGGUGAGUUAAAAGUGGAACUGGGGUUGGGCUUAGGAAGAGCGUAACUUCUACUUUUGCAAUGCUCAAGUGCAAUUCAGAUCCAUCGCAAUCAAUGGAAGGUUUGCCAUUGGCUUCAGUGGACUGCGGGCUGCAGGUCUUUGCCUUGAUAGGAAAGCCUUGUGCAAUUCAGGAGCUCCAGUGAGCACAUUGAACUCCCACAGGCUUUCCAGAGGGGCAACUCAGAACAUGUGCAUCUUUUUGUGCCCGAGGGAUCUGACCUUGCUGAAGUGAAUAGGGAAACCUGAGAAAGCGGGAGCUCUGUAUGUGCUUCAUGAGCACAGAGUUCCGGAUCAGGGCCUUGCAUUAUUAUUUUUUAAAGCGUUAUUCAGCAAGAUUUGUAAUGUAAGUGUACCAAGCAAUAAGUGCCAUGCACUACGAAGUGCAUGCUCUUUUAAUCUCUUUGUUACUGUGACUGCUGAGCUUGUAGGUCCUUCAGACAGUUGGGAUAAUAAAUAAAUAACUAAAUAAAAGGCCAGACCAAUCAACAAUGGACUACAUUAGAAUGCCAGACCACUUACUGCUCUUACAAGUAUCCAUUUCCCAACUCCAACGAAACAACUAUCAUUGUAUGUUUAAAAAAGCCAUUCUGGGUUUUUUGAUCUGCUCCUUGUAUUGUGCUAGUAUUUUAAGGCCCUGCUACUGCAAUAUACAACUUGAGGAUUGUUCUUCUUCUUCUUUUUUAUUAUUAUUAAACAAGAAUAAAAUAAAGUGAACCAUACUUUGAUCCGGAGGGGGAGAAAUACCAAUUAUAUAUUUUGCUUUGUGCCUCAAAGUGAUGUAAAAUGUGGCCAUAGCUUUUGCUGUGAAAAGAUGUGGACUGUGUCACUUUUGUUGCUGCAAAAAGUGUUAAUAAAUGCUCUAUUUAUCCUUUUA